UAGAGCACAAAACAAUCAGUGUCGAGAGGCAAAGAAGGAGAAUUCAGAUGCUGAAGUAAAGCUAAAUAUGAAAUAUUUAAAUAUGAAAUAUUGAGCUUUACGACAAAGUUGAAGAAAUGAUCCAAGUGGUUGAUAAUGCGAUGAUACCACUUAGCUGACUCAGGACCAGAAGAGCACGCGGUGAGAUCACAAUGGAUUAUGAACCUAAGAAGUCCAGAAAGGGUUUUGUCUCUCCCAUUAAGCGUCUGGUCUGGUCCAAAGCCAGUCGCAGGCCUGUGGACCGAGGCAGUGUUUACCGGCGUCCAUUGCACACGGUCCCCCUGUACGCUCCUGACUUCCUCAUCCACCCUGAGAGACUCAUCUUCGACUACCUGGAAAAGGAGGUUAAGUUCCUUGGUCACCUGACCUGGGUGUCCGUUUCUCUGAACCCGUCCAGUCGAGAUGAACUGCUGCAACUCCUUGACACGGCUCGGCAGUUGAGGGUGCUGCCUUUAAAGACCAGCACGGAUCAGGACUGCAUCCUGAGUCUGUCCGCUCGUUGCCUGCUGCUGACGUGGCGAGACAACGAGAAGCUGUUGAUGAGAAUCCCCACGCAUGAGAUCGCCGCCGCGUCCUAUCUGAGAGAUGACGAGCUGCACCUCCUGGUCCUCAAGACGGGUUUAAAUGUGGACACUGUGGUUGCCGGGGACAACAGUCUGGAUCGAAAGAAGCCGACGGGCGCCGAUGGACGACGUCAAACCAUGAGCUGCAAUGUUGACCCGCGACCUUCGGGCGGGACGAUGGAACGACGGCACACCAUUUGCGGAGUCGACUGGAGGCCCUCUCUGUCCAGGGGUAACCAUGACAAGAACCAGAAUUUGGACAGAGGAAGUGGGUGCGACCGAGGGGGGGGCGGAGGAGGGGGGAGUUUAGAAAGGAAGCGAGCAGGAGGGAGCUGGGAGAGGAGACAGCCGACACGCAAGACGGGUGGAAGCUGGGAGAGUCGCCGUGCGAGGCCCGUGAACGGUGUGGGGCCCGGAGGGGGCGGAAGCUGGGAGAGGCGACACGGGGCAGGUCCCGGAGGAAGCUGGGAACGACGGCAGGCUUGUACAGGGAGCUGGGAGAGGGGGAAGAGUUACGGCAGCUGGGAAAGACGGAAUCACAACCCACUGGAACCGACGCCCUGCCCUGAUGCGUACUGCAACCUGGUCAUCCUGGCUGUGGAGAACCGGGAUGCUGCCGAGGAGUACUGCUCCCUCAUCUGCCAGAUGUUCCAAAUCAUUUACGGCCAUCAGACCAUUGAGUGUGUUGACAGAGCUGGGUUCCAUCACGCCAUGCCAGACCGCUACUGGCUGCAGAGGAGUGACAGCUGUCUGACGGACACAUCCUACAGUUAUGAUCCAGAGUGCAGUUGCAGCAGUUUAUAUGAUGGAUCCCAGGACGCGUUUGAGCUCUACAACAGUGAGACUUAUAGCGAGAGUUCAUCCCUGUCUCUGCAGGAAUCCCACCACAGUCUGGCGUCGGCUAACGACGUGGGGGAGAGCAACCCCACCCUGCAGCUCAUGCAGGAGUACAUGAUCACCCUGAGGAACAAACUGAACGCUGUGGAGUUGCAGCACUUUGCCGUCUUGCUGAGAGAAUACAGGCUGGGGUCCAACAUAGAACAUUUCUGCUCCAAGCUGCUGCAGUUGUACGGAGACAACCGCAAGUUUCUGCUGCUGGGAAUGCGCCCGUUCAUCCCAGACAAGGAUGUCGGAGUGUUUGAAAGCUUCCUGGAAAGUAUUGGAAUCCGCGAGGGUGGGAUUUUAACCGACAGCUUUGGACGCAUCAAACGCAGCAUGAGCAGCACAUCAGCCACCGCCAUGAGAGGCAGGUACAACAGCUGCUCUUCGGCCUCAGGAUCUCAGGAGUUCAACCGCCGCAUCAGCGACAUCACACAUGACAUACAGGCACUUGGCUUCGAGGACGCACAUGAGGACAUCGAGGAGGAGGACUACUACCUUUAAGUAAUCCAGAUGAAAAGAACCCAAAAAUCAAGCUUAAGCAGCCGAGUGCCUUUUUUUUUUUUGACCCAUUAUCCAGGCCAUAGUUCCAUGACCUUCCCAUGAUGCACUGCUUCCCUGCCUCUGGCCUUUUCCUCUGCCAGCCUCACUGAACAUCAGCAAGAUCCAGAGCGCUCACAGAGUCAGAGUCCUCUCACAUAUCAGUGAUAUAGAACAGUUCAUGUGUUUGAUGUCAUUCACACUUUGUCAACAGCGGCAUUGAACACGAGGUAACAGUGGUGCUUAAUGUGCCUUUGUGAGAGCUGACGGAUGUAAUGCUCAUCAGCGGAUCAGAGCGCUGUAAUAAUCUUUGUAAUGAUCCAUGUGGUAGGAUUUACUGUGGCAUCGUACCAUCGGCCUACUGACAUAUAUAAACAAAUCCCAGGCUAGCUCCAAUUGUUUCCUCCUGUAUUAUCCACAUGCGCUAAAAAUGAUAAAACAUUUGAAUAUUGAAUGAUUUGUUUCAGUUUCAGUUUCAGAUUAGGACUGUUGUCCACUAUGUAGUAGUCAAAUUACCGUUAUCGGAGCUCUGUGAAUAAUACCUGCAUUUUAUACAUUUGUUGUCCAAAAGCCGUCAAUAUAAGAUGACUGGAGGCAACACACCAAGGCCAAGGACUAUUGAUAUAAAAUAUCAAUAUGAUAUCACACAAAUAUGCCUCUCACAAUAACACAUUUUACUGGAGUGUCAAUAAACAAUUUUCUU